UCUGCCCUUGGUUUUAUAAGCUUAAUCAUGUUUCCUUUGUGAAAGGUCAAGCAUUGAAGGGCUAACGGGUGAUCUUGGUGAAGGUUUUUCCUGUUCCAGAUUUUACAUAACUGAGUUUUAGUAACUUCCUGCUCAAGCAAAAAGGAAGUUCGAUAUGGCGGGCGUAGACUCUCUCAAGGCUAUUAACACGGAGAGCAUUGAUCUGGAGAGUGUUCCCGUUGAAGAAGUUUUUCAGCAUCUCAAGUGCACGAAAGAAGGGUUGACCUCUACUGAAGUGCAAGAGCGUCUUACCUUGUUUGGUUACAACAAACUUGAGGAGAAAAAGGAGAGUAAGAUACUCAAGUUCUUGGGGUUCAUGUGGAAUCCACUUUCAUGGGUUAUGGAAGCUGCAGCCAUCAUGGCCAUUGCUCUUGCACAUGGAGGAGGCAAGCCACCGGAUUAUCACGACUUCGUGGGUAUUGUGGUCUUACUUUUGAUCAAUUCAACAAUCAGUUUUGUAGAAGAAAACAAUGCCGGAAACGCAGCUGCUGCUCUCAUGGCUCAGCUAGCCCCUAAAGCCAAGGCCAUCCGUGAUGGGAAAUGGAAUGAGAUAGAUGCAGCUGAGUUGGUUCCAGGAGAUAUAGUUGCUAUCAAACUCGGAGAUAUCAUUCCUGCUGAUGCUCGUCUACUUGAAGGAGACCCUUUAAAGAUUGAUCAGUCAGCUCUUACCGGUGAAUCUCUUCCAGUAACCAAAACCCCCGGUUCUUCAGUGUACUCUGGUUCAACUUGCAAGCAAGGUGAAAUCGAAGCGGUUGUUAUAGCUACUGGUGUCCACACUUUCUUUGGAAAGGCAGCUCAUCUUGUGGACAGUACUACCCAUGUUGGUCACUUCCAGAAGGUUUUGUCAGCAAUAGGAAACUUCUGUAUCUGCUCCAUUGCGGUAGGAAUGGCUAUUGAAAUCGUUGUUAUAUACGGUCUACAACAGAGAGGGUACCGUGUUGGUAUCGAUAAUCUUCUUGUCUUGUUGAUUGGUGGAAUCCCCAUUGCUAUGCCUACUGUUCUCUCUGUUACCAUGGCUAUUGGUGCCCAUCGCCUUGCUCAACAGGGUGCCAUAACAAAGAGAAUGACAGCCAUUGAAGAAAUGGCUGGAAUGGAUGUUCUGUGCAGUGAUAAAACUGGUACUCUCACGCUCAACAAGCUCUCCGUAGAUAAGAAUCUCAUCGAGAUUUUCAAGAAAGGCAUUGACAAAGAUAUGGCUGUGCUUAUGGCGGCAAGAGCUGCACGUUUGGAAAACCAAGAUGCUAUUGAUACUGCUAUUGUUUCCAUGUUGUCAGACCCUAAAGAGGCACGUGCAGGAAUCAAAGAACUCCAUUUUCUUCCAUUCAGUCCAGCUAAUAGAAGAACUGCACUAACCUACCUUGAUGGAGAAGGCAAGAUGCACAGAGUGAGCAAAGGAGCACCUGAGGAGAUUUUGGAUAUGGCACACAACAAAUUACAAAUCAAGGAGAAAGUACAUUCUACAAUCGACAAAUUCGCAGAACGUGGCCUAAGGUCCCUUGGAUUGGCAUAUCAGGAAGUACCAGAUGGUGAUGUUAAAGGUGAAGGUGGUCCAUGGGAAUUUGUAGCUCUUCUUCCUCUGUUUGAUCCUCCUCGUCACGACAGUGCACAAACCAUUGAGAGAGCACUUCAUCUGGGAGUCAGCGUUAAAAUGAUCACAGGUGAUCAGCUUGCUAUUGCCAAAGAAACAGGAAGAAGGCUUGGAAUGGGAACAAACAUGUACCCAUCUUCAUCUCUGCUCUCAGCUAACCACACUGAAACAGUUUCCAUCGAUGAACUUAUUGAGAAGGCGGAUGGUUUUGCAGGAGUCUUUCCUGAGCAUAAGUAUGAGAUUGUGAUGAGAUUACAAUCUAGAAAACAUAUAUGCGGUAUGACUGGUGAUGGAGUGAAUGAUGCACCUGCACUGAAGAAAGCUGAUAUUGGAAUAGCUGUGGAUGAUGCUACUGAUGCUGCUCGCAGUGCUUCUGAUAUUGUCUUAACAGAACCUGGUCUUAGUGUUAUCAUCAGUGCUGUCUUGACUAGCCGUGCCAUUUUCCAGAGAAUGAAAAAUUACACGAUAUAUGCUGUUUCUAUCACUAUUCGUAUUGUGAUGGGUUUCAUGCUUCUAUGUGUGUUCUGGGAGUUUGACUUCCCUCCAUUCAUGGUUCUUGUUAUUGCAAUCCUUAAUGAUGGUACUAUAAUGACCAUAUCAAAGGACAGAGUCAAACCUUCUCCAACUCCAGAUUGUUGGAAACUCAAGGAGAUUUUUGCAACUGGUGUUGUUCUUGGAGCUUACUUGGCUAUCAUGACCGUUGUGUUUUUCUGGGCAUCUUAUGAGACUAACUUCUUCCAUAACAUUUUUGGUGUGAAGAACUUCAACCAGCACCAUUUUGACAUGAAAAACAAGGAAGUGGCUGCACAUUUGAAUGAAAAGAUGGCUUCUGCUGUGUACCUUCAAGUCAGCACAAUCAGCCAAGCGUUGAUCUUCGUGACACGUUCAAGAAGCUGGUCGUUUGUUGAACGUCCUGGUUUCCUUCUUGUCAUUGCUUUCCUCAUUGCUCAGCUGGUUGCAUCGGCGAUAUCAGCAAUGGCAACAUGGCCUUUUGCUGGAAUCAGAAGCAUUGGAUGGGGAUGGACUGGAGUUAUCUGGAUAUUCAACAUAGUAACGUACAUGUUACUUGAUCCUAUCAAGUUCUUAGUCCGUUAUGCUCUGAGUGGCAAAUCAUGGAACCGAAUGGUCGAGCAAAGGACUGCACUCACUGGCAAGAAGAACUUUGGUAAAGACGAACGUAUGGCUGCAUGGGCCACCGAGACGCGUACACAGCACGGUUUAGAGACAGGUCAAAAGCCAAUGUAUGAGAGAAAUGGUGCAACGGAACUUAACAGUUUGGCUGAUGAAGCUAAGAGACGUGCAGAAAUUGCAAGAAUGAGAGAGCUUCAAACAUUGAAAGGGAAAGUUGAAUCAGCUGCAAAGCUGAAAGGAAUUGAUCUUGAAGAUGCUAACAACAACAACUACACAAUCUGAGAGUCUCUGCUUAAAUUCAUUUUUUAAAAUGUUUUUUGUUAUAUGCAUUACU